CAAGGUCCCGUGCAGCUCUGCUUGAGAGGUGCAAACUUUAGCACGGCAGUGUCGAUGAGUUACAUACUCUGGAACUGUCAUCAUUGCCAUUCCAGGCGUGCUUCAAUUCAAUGUGGAUCGAACCUGUGCAUACAUGAAUUUUGCAGACAUCUUUCCGACUUCGACCUCUCGCGUAAGAAGUCGGAGUCUUUCGAAUCAAGCCGCAAGCCAGCUCCUCCAGCUUUGACGGGUUGAGCUCCAGCAAAUCAGUUCCUUUCAAUUUGCAGCAGACAGCUGACAGGAUUAUCGAGUAUAAAGUAUGGGUGCCCGGCGUGAUGAGCUACAACAUUCUUCAUCACAAAGCCCUUUUCUUCCGAUUCUUCCCAUACUUUGUGAAGUAGCCGAUAUUCUCCCAGUGACUCUUCACAAAGUGACCUUUCAGAAAGCAGAUCAACGACCUUUCAGAAAGAAGCUUUACACACAGAACAGACCUUUUCCCGAGUACUUCUGCACACGUUCGUUAAACAUGGCGAAAACACUCGUGCUCAGCUCUCUAGUGCUACUUGCUUUUGUUGCAUCGACCUUUCAUACAUUGCCGAAAGCUGAUGCAGACAGUUCAGUUACCUUCACAGAAUACAAUGUCUUGGAUUAUGGAGCAGUCGGAGAUGGAUCAACAAAUGACACUAAGGCAUUUGCGGAUGCUUGGAAAGCUGCCUGCGCAGUCGAUUAUGCCUACGUGCAUGCUCCCGUGGGAUACAGUUUUUUAGUGUACCCAACGACGUUCAAAGGACCGUGCCUUCUCAACAUGACAUUUAAGGUGGAUGGAACAGUUCUGGCUCCUCCUGAAACGUCUGUGUGGAACGGGACGAGCGUCAAGGACCAUUGGCUGGAGUUCAGCAAAGUGUCUAUGAUCAUUCAGGGCACUGGCACCAUCGACGGGCAAGGCCAGAACUGGUGGGCAGAAUCGUGCAAGACCAACUCCAGCAAUGCCUGCAAGGAUGGACCUACUGCGAUUGUAUUCAAUGCCUGCACAAAUGUGACGGUAAAGUAUGUGACGAUUCUCAACAGUCAGCAGAUGCAUCUUGCGUUCGAAAAGUCCGUAGGAAUUAUGGUGAACUCGAUCAAUAUUUCAGCCCCAGGUGACAGCCCCAACACUGACGGCAUCCACCUGCAAAACGCCACCAGCGUUACUAUAAAAAACUCCUUCAUAGGAACAGGAGAUGACUGCGUUUCGAUACAAAACGGCUCGUCGUCCGUCACCAUUAAAAAUAUCACUUGUGGACCUGGGCAUGGAAUCAGUGUUGGCGGCCUAGGCAAGAAAAACACAUCGGCGACAGUGUCGAAUAUCGUCGUAGAAGACGUGGUUUUCACCAACUCUACCAACGGCGUCCGAAUCAAAUCCUGGCAGGGAUCUUCCGGGACGGCGAGCACGUUCACGUACCAAAAUCUGGUCAUGAACAACGUGAAGAACCCAAUUUUGAUCGAUCAGUACUACUGCGAUUCUGCGAGCUCGGGCUCGUGUCCCAAUUUCACGUCGAACGUACAGAUCUCGGAUAUCACGUUCAAGAACAUCACCGGCACUUCAGCGACGAAAGUAGCAGUAAAGCUGGCAUGCAGCGAGACAGUGGCGUGCACAGGAAUCACGCUGCAGGACAUCGACCUCGUUCGGACUUCAGGCUCCGACGCCACUUCCUUCUGCUCGGACGCAUAUGGUGUUUCCGCAGACACCGUCAUUCCCAGCAGCUGCCUCCUCACAUCCUCUUGAUUUCAACGAUAGAUUUUGCUGUCGACCCGGAGGCCAAUACAGAUGUAUAUAUUGAACGCAUUGAUUGCAGUGAUCUACCGGGAAGAUCCUCCCAAUUUCCGGUGUUCCCUGCUGUACAAUCUUGAACUAAUAGAUUUCACGGAUUCGUGAUUCAUACAGAAGCUCGUGCAGCGUUCAUCGAAAACUAGAUCCCGUUCAUGGAGAUGGUCUUCUGUGUAUGGAAAAGCAGCCUACACUCUACUGCAUGUCAGAAGGAAUGGGAGAUCGAAAUAAGUUCACUCUUGUUCGGCUCUGUAUCUUAGUUUGAGAUUAUAACACAUAUUCUGAAUUUCUUAAGCAGUCUCUAGUGCUCCAAUCGAGAUUAUUAUGAUGUUCAAG